AUGACUCAUGCGUCUACAGAGCAGCUGGGCACCGACUUCGCAAACGGCUGGCGGAAGCUGCCCAAUGGGCUCAAGGCCGAAGUCCUCAAGCACAACCUCGUAUUCGGCAAGCGUAUCACACAUCGCAGGUCCAAUGGCUACUUGCAUGACCCGACUACAGUGGAAAAGGCAGGGGAGUUUGAUCACGGCGCGAUUCUUCGUCAUCGCAUUGCUCUGGGACCAGAGAUUGCAGUCCUGGCCUUGCAGGUCUUCUACGAGGAGAACACCACCGAAAUUUCCUGCAAUAGGUUUCCUAUCUAUGUACCCCCACAGAAUGUCCGCCACUACAUAGUGAAAUUGACAUGGCCCAAGCUUGAUGCUCAGCACUCAUGGCCUCUCAGCUCCAAACUUGCCACAAGCGCUUCACACUUCAACAAACUCCGGCAUCUGACACUCGUGUUUGCUGUGCUGGUAAAGCAGUGUGACAUUGACUUCUGGCGCGAUUACGCCAAAUAUGAUAUGCCAAAACUCCUAUCGUGUUCAAGUGCAAGGGUGUUGUUGAGGUCAUCGCGAUGGGAGAUGAACAGCCACACCUUUAUUCUGUUCCAGACGAGAUGGAACAGUGUAUUCAGGAGAAGAUCAUGA